AUAAGUCUUGAUGCUAAAAUACGCAGGGAUGUGCACAACUUCUCAGCCUUCGCCCACCAGCCCAAAACCCUAAAAAUCACAACACAACACUCGCACUAUAAAUAUCUUCAACAUUUUCUCCUCCUAAAAUUCUCGUCCGAAGCUAGGGUUUCUGCAACUCCACAAAUGGGUAAGGGAACAGGAAGCUUCGGAAAGAGGAGGAACAAGACCCACACGCUCUGUGUCCGAUGUGGACGCAGAAGCUUUCACCUUCAGAAGAGCCGAUGCGCUGCUUGUGGAUUUCCUUCUAGCCGGAUCCGAAAAUAUAAUUGGAGUGUGAAGGCAAUCCGCAGGAAGACCACUGGAACAGGGCGAAUGAGGUAUCUCCGUCAUGUUCCAUGUAGGUUUAAGAGUAACUUCAGAGAAGGUACUGAAGCAGCUCCAAGGAAGAAGGGAGCAGCAGCCUCUUGAGAUUCAAAGUCCAUUUAAAGUCUAUUUCUGUUUUAGUUUUUCUGAAUUAUGCAAAACAAAUUUUGGACCAUUAUCGAGUGUACUCAACUUGUUACCAAACGCAUGUUUUCCCCUACUUUGGAGAUGUUAAAUUUAUAUACUAUAAGGUCGGAUGGUAACUUAUUCA